AUGAUGCAGUCAGUCAGUAGACAGUACUGUGAAAUCCAACAGGCCUUGCAGGAGAAAGAUCAGCUCCACAGAAUGGAUGGCAUUCAGUUAUCAGAGUUUUUGUUGCCUUUUAAAACUGCGAGUGAAGAGAUGGAGGGUGAUAAAUGUUUCAAACGGAGGAGAGAAACGCUGCGUAUGACCAGGCCAGAAGACUUGUCAGGGAAUUUGACAGUGCGCUUACACCUCCAGCAAGUGUCCCGGCGAGGGAGCCAGAGGCCACGCUUUGAGUUGACGUCGCCGAGAGAGUCAAAAGAAAAAGAGAUGAGUUUAGUGAGUGGGAGGAUGAAAGUGAAGAAGUUGCUGAGAGACGAGGUUCAGCACUACAUUGAGGGACAGUUCUUCUCUGACAGAGAGGACAUUCUAAGCUUCGCCUUUCCCGUACUUGCCAAAGUGUCAAAAAUGGUUCUCUCAGACAAAUCCAUUGACGAGUUCACACCAACUGCUGCAUUUCCUGCACUGCAGUACCUCGAGUCCGUCGAUGAUGGUGGUGUGGAGUGGCAGUCAGGACUUCGCACAGGUGAUUUCCUCAUUGAGGUAAAUCAUCAAAAUGUGGUGAAGUUGGGACAUCGGCUGGUUGUGAACAUGAUUAGACAGGGAGGAAACCGGCUUGUCAUUAAAGUGAUGAGAGUGAGCAGAAAUAUUGAUUCAGAUGACAAAGUCCGUAAAAAAGCACCUCCCCCUCCUAAGAGAGCCCCAACAACUGCACUCUCAAAGCGGUCCAAGUCCAUGACAUCCGAACCAGAAGAAUUUGAUAAUGUGAAUGAGAUGAUGCAGUCACGGAAGUUUGUACAUGAAAACACCUCGGUGGACAACAUUGCCACAAUCAAGCCCCACCUCAAGCCCCAACCUUUGAUAUCUGAAAGGCAGGGAGUGGCAGGAGUUCCACCAACUGUUCCUGGAAGAUCCCAUAGGAGAUACCUUAGGGGGCCAAAAGACACAAUGAGAAGACAAAAAUCUAUUGGAUUCACAGAUGAAGAGAAGAAGUUCCUGAUACCUACCCUGCCCAAGUUCACAAGAAGUCUCUCUAUUCCUGACACUUCUGAAGAUAUUCCCCCACCUCCAGGCAUCUGUCCUCCAUCUCCACCGUACAUCAUCAGUGCAUCUGUUGCACGAGGAUAUGAGCCUAACCAGUCCAUUUACACACAGGCCUUAACAGAAAGAGAGCUUACCAUAAACAAAGGCCUGGUAGGGUAUCACCAGCAGAACUCUGAACAGUAUGACUCCCAAAGUCCUUCAGGUACCCUACAAAACAUGUGUGCCCAUAACAGGGCUCAUGUCCCAGAGAACCCCUAUUCGGACCUAGGUAUCAAACCUUUGUAUGUCCCAGCAAAACCAGCCCGGAGGAAGGGCACACUAGUUAAACAACUUAAUGUUGAAGUUAACCCAGAGAAAACCUGCUCAAUCCCAAUACCAACUAUAAUUGUCAAAGAGCCAUCGACUAGCAGUAGUGGCAAGAGCAGCCAGGGGAGCAGCAUCGAAAUUGACACUAUCACUUCUGACAAACAUCGGCCUGAGGACAGUCUACUUGUAAGCAUCCCUUUUGCAGCUGCUAUUGCAGGGGCAGUGUGUGCACGAGAGAAGCGGCUGGAAGUGCGCAGAAACUCCCCAGCCUUUCUGUUAAUGGAUCUUGAAAACGAGGUCUCACCUACACCACGUUUGCGGAACUCUGUGUCCAUAGAUGAAGGGAUGUUUGAUAACAACAUGACAGAUUUGAACAUCUCAGAACUAACAAUUGACCCCCUCAAUAUACUCACAGCGGACUAUCCUACUAUUGGUAGUCCAGUUAAUGGAGGUAUCCAACACUUUAUGACAGAAAAGACUCUGGAUACACGUUCACCCUUAGCUCUGGGUCUGGCAGCCAGUGAUCAAGAUAUGAAAGAAAAAGCUCCUCCACCUAAAGGGGAUCCUCCAAAAGCAGACCUAGACCAACCUCUCUUCAUAGACACCAAGCUACAGUCCAACUUUCUUGCCACUGGUGCAACUGGUCAACAAAAGGACUGUGGCGGUUUGUUAAGAUCUAUUAUGGAGAGCAGUCGUGAAACAGAGAAAGCAAAGGAAAGGAAUCAGCUAGAGCAGGUGAACAACACCCAUAACAUGUGGCAACAGAAGUCAGCAGGGCUCCUCAUGGUUCACACAGUGGACAAGGCCAAACCACAUCUAAACAGUCAGUCUCAUCAAUUAAAACAAGAGUUUGUAGUUAUGGACAGUAUACCCAACGAACAGGUUGAUACUGAUGUUAAACGUACCGUCCCUAACUCCCAGCCAUCUCCGAAGGCCUAUACAAGCAAUGAUGUCACUUUCACUGAGGAGCCUGUGAAGUUUUCCUUCAGGAUUCCUCUGCCUCCUCUGCCCUCAGUGGAAAUAUAUGCAGAGUUUAACUUUGCAGAACCCCUACCACCACCUCUGGAGUUUGCUAACAGCAUUGAUAUUCCAGAGGAUCACGUUGCAGAGACUUUAAAGCAGACAAACAAAAGUACCGCACGUGGGCCGUUACUGACUGAUCAUUCCCAUCCAUCCAUAAAUGCUGAGUCCAAGUGUCUUUCAGUGCUUCUAAACUGUAUGAGUCCUUACGACUACCCUCCUCCACCCCCAGAGAUUUUUGAGCCAGUCACAGAUUUGGGCAUUGAAGAAGUUGACAGUCGAAACAGUGGAGAUCCUCACUUUGAGGUCACAAGCACAAUUUCUACUGUGUCCAGUAUUUCUACUCUUUCAUCAGAGGGAAUGGAGGCUCUGGACAUGUCCAAAGUCUAUGCGAAUGGGCAGACUCUUUUGAUGGACCGACCGCCAGUUCCACCAAAACCAAAAAUCAAGCCCAAAAUCAACAAGAGCCAUGCACUUUACAGGGAUCUUUUAAUAAAGGAGAGUGUGGAGUCCUUUGGACAGCCACCUCCAGCUCCUCCACCACCACUGGGUUGUGGAACACUCUCACAGCCUCGCAAAACAUCUGCUCAGGGAGGCUCAAACCAUGAGAGCCCCUUCCUAUCUCACCCCGAUUCCAAGGCCAGUGUGAUCAGUGAGCUCAGUUCCAAACUACAGCAGAUGAACAAAGACAAGCGUCCAAAACAGGGAGGGUCUCUUGACUCACCUGUGGGAUCCAGAAUCAUCGGCUCAAGGGAGGGUACAGUCGAGACAAUGACAUCAACAGCAGCCAAGAACCUGUCUCCUCAGACUUUAUCUCUUCCUAAAUCCUGUAUGCCGGGCACUGCCACUUCCCCAACAUUAACCGAUGUGUUCAGCAUGCCAACGCCCCCCAUUGUGAAUGCAGAGCAAUGCUGCAGCUCGGUUAGCAGUCCAUCUGCAUCUUCUCUAACAUUGUUUCAGACAGCGUCCGACCAGCUCUUUAGCAGCAAACCCGUCCUGUGCUGGAGCAAGCAUGAUGUAGCCGAAUGGCUUGAAAGCCUUAAUCUGGAAGAACACAGGAAAGCCUUCUUAGACAACGAGAUUGAGGGCACUCACCUUCCUAACCUCCAAAAGGAAGACCUCAUAGAUUUGGGCAUGACUCGUGUAGGUCACCGGUUGAACAUUGAGAGAGCUCUAAAACUUCUAAUGGACAUAUGAAGUAAACAUGCCGCUUCAUCUCUCUAAGGAUUGUUCAAAAAACGGUACGACGAGAUGCAUGGAUCUCUCCUCGGGCAAGCGUUCACCUUCUUUAUGUUGCGUCAGCACCGGAGCUUGUGGAAAGAUACAACAGAAGAAGAAAAAAAAUGAGCCACAUACAGGACACGAGUCUAUGAUUGAUCACUGAAGCUAGGCUAAAAUGACAGAAUCACUUUGUAAAUACUUCAGCCAGUCUCUUGUCUUCCAUUUUUACCAAGGCUGUUAUCUCUGUAUAGCAGGUGUUGGGAUAUGAUCACAAAAUAUUUACAAAAGAGCAUCAUACCACCAGUCUGGUGUCCUUUCAAGACAAAGCAAGCUAAUGAUGGCUGAAAGUGUUGGAUUCUUAAAAAGUGAAUCCGUAAGUGCUGCUGCUCCUGCUGCUGAUAGUUUUCAUGGGGUUGAUUGAGGAAUCAUCAGAAACAGCCUCAUUUCCUUGCAAUAGCAGCAGAGUAUAGUUGAAUUGUUCUGGUUUUUCAAAGCUAGACACCUAAUAUACAUAUGGGCUGUCCUAUUUCAAUGCUAUUUUGCGAACUGGAAACUAAAUUAAAUCAUUAACAACAACUAUCUAGAACACAGAAAAAAUAACAUUUGCUAUAUAAAGCUGAAUAAAUAAACUUUCUAUAGAUAUAUGAGUUGUCAAAAUAGGACAAUAUCUGGCUGAGAUACAACCGUUUAAAACUCAGGAAUCUGAGAGCUCAACAUAUUGAGAAAAUUGCCUUUGAAGUUGUUAAUCAGGGGCACUGUGGCAGACCAUCCACUCACAAAAAUAAAGUUUUUAUAUAUUUAAGGUUGGAAAUUUACAAAAUAUCUUCAUGGAACAUGAUCUUUACUUAAUAUCCUAAUGAUUUUUGAUACAUACUUGAUGAUAAUUUUGACCCACACAAUGUAUUUUUGUCUUUUACUAAAAAUGUUCCCCUGCUACUUAAGACUGGUUUUGUGAUCCAGGGUCACAUAUGUGCACGCUCUCUAUCACAAUAAUUUACCAUGAAAUCUAAGGAUACAUGUUUUUGUGACUCUGUAUCUCAUCAAUGCUUUAAUGUUUUUCAUAAGUAAACCAUAAGCUGAGCUAAUGUCAGCAGUCUCCCAUUAGGCAAGCCAUCUUGGUGACAGUGGCAAGGAUAAUAAGUUAUAAAUACAUGUUGUGGUUAAUGUCUAGCAGCUGAGGAAUGUUUUUAACAGAGGAUGAGAAUCUGGCUGGGGAGGCGACCUUGAGGAAAUGAAAGACAGACAGACUGACAAUCGAACACAAAACAACCGUUUUUAUGGGAAGUUCUUAAUGCAGUCUAACAAUCCCUUCAGGGACUUGUCAUAGCAAGGCUCAGCACUAUGCUAUGUUCAAAAUAGGUCUUAAAUUUAGAUUUAAACUGAUAGUGUGUGUGAGCACAUCGGUUAUGAUGAGGCUGAGCAUUAACAUAUCGUCAGUACUGGUCACUCACUCUAGUUGCCAUGGUUCACAUGUGGACGGCAGCAAUCUGAAAACCCUUCUGCAGUAAGUGUUAGGUGUUUAUAUUUAUAUAUGACUAAGAUCAUUUCUUAAAAGGUAACAUAGAAACAACUCUAUUCUAACUGUUUUGGUUAGGGCAGACCCUUCGACCGAAAAGCGGAACAUUUUUGCGUAGUUAAAGAACUUAAAGUAAUGUUGUAUAAAAAGUAGAAAACGUUUUAUCUAACCCCAUUUAUUUGAUGUGACACGUAGACUUUAUCCUAACAAAUAAUUUUGCUGUGUAAGCUUGAUUUAUUUUCCUUUAAACUUCUGCUUUGCUUACUACUGUAUGUGGAAAGACUAAAUGUGUUCACAUUGUUCAUGUUGCUGUUGUUUUGCUAAUCCCAAAUCCUUCAU